AUCUCUCAGGCCAGAGCUCUCAGGCCAAGUUUUACAACCUGAAAUAUCUUGCAAACAACUGUGGGAAGUAAUCUUGGACACGAAGAGAUUUAAAUCCCUCAAGAUAUUUUUUAAAUUUUCCUUUAAGCUUGCGUGUUUUAACGUCACAAACUGAGACAGCUACAAUUUUACAGGUAUUGGUUGAUUGAGCGUAAGACGUAAUACUGACUUUCAUUACAUAUAUGGUGUGAUAAGGGCCCACUCAACAAGACAAAAUCAUUAUCAAAGCCUUAGUAACAAUGGAACUGUGUCCAAUAUCUUGUUCAUGACCAUGUAGAUCGAACAAAAUCGAGCUCACUGCGGCUGUCUCGUGCAUCGUGCGGCAUCGUCAGUGAUUUAGCGGUUGGUUGGGUCUAAGUUCAUACAGGUUUGUUCAUGCGUUAAAAAAUUCUGUUUUGGAGCUGCAGCAUACAACUAGCCGGCUGGUUACAAGAUGUUUUGUUUUGCUCAUGUUUUUUUCUUCAAGGGAGUAAGUUUUCAGUGCGGAAAACGCUGAAGGUUGAGAUCAAGGCGAGGACCACGAAAAUCCGAUGGAGGAACAACCAGUGUCGACGGAACCAUCAAGCGAUGCUCCCUCUUUGAGGUUUAAUGUUAACCAAGUGAAGUUAGAUCUUCCUGAAGAAAAUGCGGACGAAGGAAGAGAUUCGAGCCCAAGGAUGACUUUUCCUGAUUCGGAGACGCCAAACCGACCUCUCUCUUCUCUCGAUGCGACUAAUACAAUCGGCUACGCGACUCACGAUGCUGUCCCCAUGACUGUGUUCUAUCGAAACGACAACUCUCAGUCGAAUACGGCUAAGAAGUCGCGGCCAACACUGAAAGAAUUGAGGAAAGGUUUCGAAGAGGACCACGAGCAACAGGAUGAACAUCAAAGUGUGGAUGAAGUUGAAAAUGGUGAUGUUGGUACUGAUGAUAUAGGCAUUCAAAUCAAAAAAGACAAAAAGGUGAAGGUGGCCCCCAAGUUUGGAUGGCUGAAAGGUGUCAUGCUGCGAUGUCUUCUCAACAUCUGGGGUGUGAUGUUGUACUUGCGACUCUCAUGGGUGGCAGGUCAGGCUGGAAUUGCUUGGUCAACCGUCAUCAUUGUGUUAUCUGCAGUAGUGACGAUGUUUACCACCUUAUCCAUGUCAGCUGUGUGUACUAAUGGUGAAGUGAAAGGAGGUGGUGCAUACUACUUGAUAUCACGCAGUCUUGGCCCAGAGUUUGGCGGAUCUAUAGGAUUGAUUUUCUCUGUGGCAAAUGCUGUAGCUGUGGCUUUGUAUGUUGUUGGUUUUGCUGAAACCAUUAAGGAUUUAAUUAAAGAGAAUGGUGGUGAUGUGGAUUUGAUUGGGGAACUGAACAUCAUUCGCAUUGUAGGCAUUGGCACAGUUAUUCUACUUCUAUGUGUCACUCUUGUCGGCUUAGAGUGGGUUGUGCGCACUCAGAUGUUUCUCCUUUGCAUCCUUGUUGUCUCAAUUGUUGAUGUCAUAAUUGGCACUGCCAUUGGGCCACAAAAUGAAACAGCUCGUGCAAAAGGAUUCAUUGGUUUGGACUUAAACCUCUUUAAGACAAACUUUGGCCCCGCAUACCGUGAAGGUGAAAAUUUCUUCUCUGUGUUUGCUGUGUUUUUCCCAGCAGCUACUGGUAUCUUGGCUGGAGUGAACAUCUCUGGUGACCUCAAAGAUGCACAGAAAGCUAUUCCCAAGGGAACUUUGUGGGCUAUAUUGAUCAGCACUAUUAUUUAUAUCCUUCUGGACUGGUUGGCUGCUGCUUGCGUGUUACGAGAUGCGUCAGGCGUGGUGCUAGCAGUUGUAAACGAGACAUUGAAUGCUACUGGUGCUCCAGCUCAGCAUUGUUCAGUUGACUUCAGUUGUCCUUAUGGAUUAAUGAACGAUUUCCAGGUAAUGGAAAAGAUUUCAGCUUGGGGACCAAUAGUUACUGGGGGCAUCUUUGCAGCAACUCUGUCUUCAGCAUUGGCCAGCUUAGUUGGUGCACCAAAAACAUUCCAAGCUCUUUGUAAAGACAACAUUUUCCCUGGGAUACAUUACUUUGGUACAGGGGUAGGGCCUGGAGACGAGCCUCGCAGAGGAUAUAUCCUCACAUUUCUUAUUGCUGGUGCCUUUAUUGCAAUUGGAGAACUGAAUAUCAUUGCCCCAGUCAUCUCCAACUUCUUCCUCAUGUCCUAUGCACUAAUCAACUAUGCAGUGUUUGCGGCAUCGCUUGGCAAGUCCCCCGGAUGGAGACCAUCUUUUAAGUACUAUAACAUGUGGGUGUCCUUAGUAGGGGCUAUGGUGUGUAUAGUGAUCAUGUUCCUCAUCAAUUGGUGGGCCGCUCUAUUGACAAUUGUUAUCAUCAUUGCCUUGUACAAAUAUGUGGAUUACAAAAAGCCCGAGGUCAACUGGGGUUCGUCUGCCCAGGCAUAUACUUACAUCCGGGCACUACGUUUCACCAACCGUCUCAACACUGUUGAAGAUCACGUGAAGAACUUCCGUCCUCAAUGUCUGGUUUUGACUGGUUCUCCCUCGUCCCGUCCGGAUCUGGUUCAUUUGGUGUCGCAUAUCACCCGUAACAGAGGAUUAAUGGUUUGCGGUCAAGUUAAACUUGGUGACUUUGGUGCUGUCUCUGGCUAUGAGGAUGCGUGGUUGAAGCAGUCCAAGAUAAGAGCAUUCCAUACCAUAUGCACAGCACCCAGUUUCCAAGAGGGCGUCCGCGUCAUGCUUCAGACUGUAGGCCUGGGAAAAAUGAAACCCAAUACGGUGAUCCUCGGUUUUAAGCGGGACUGGAAGAAACUGUGUAAAACAGAGCAAGGAAGGAAAGAGGUGCAAGAAUACGUCAAUGUCGUAAACGAUGCUUUUGAUCUAAACUUCGCUGUGUCGAUCUUACGUUUCAGAGGCGAGCUCGACUUGAAAGAAUUGGCUACCUACGCGGAGGAAGAUUGGCUUGCUGAAGAAGAAGCAGGAGAGAUUCUACCUGAACUGCAUGCGAGUGAUACGCUCGACGCACCUGAUGAAGGGCCCAACUCGCCAGAGAAGGUAAACGAAGUUGCUGGAACGGAGCCAUAUCACACAAGACAACAAAGUUUCGAAGAAUAUCAGUUAGACUUAGUCAAAAAUAAACGUGAAUUGGGCCAAGACGAGAAUUCCAUGGAUACCGAAAAGAAGAAGUUAGUGACAGACCAAGGGAAAGGGGAAGAACCCCGCAAGAAAGACGAAGAAGAGAGUUCAUAUGUCGUGAACAAAGGAAAGUUUAAAGUGACCGUUAGCAAAACGAUGAGCGAAGAGGAAAAUCAUGAACCGGAUGACAAAGUCGACGAGACGACCAGACUGACUGACCCUGUGGCACCAGUCAAACCAGAGGAGACUACGCAGGAGGAAGCUUUUAAAGAGAAGCCUAAAGGGACCAUUGAUGUGUGGUGGCUGUUCGAUGAUGGCGGCUUGACGAUUCUCAUACCUUACCUGCUGUCAAUCCACCGCUAUUGGAAAGACUGCAAGCUGAGGAUCUUCACGCCUGCCUCUACGCAUGCGCUCAAGAGCAACGAGCUCAGAAUGGCGACCCUGCUAAAGCGAUUUCGAAUCGACUUUACCAGCGUCGUUGAGGUAGAAGGUAUGAACGCGGAGCCCUCCACCUUGAGUGUUCAAAAUUUCAUGAAAUUACCUGUGAAGGAAGUAUUUCCAGACCUAGAAGCUCUGGAGAAAGACCGGAAAACUAUGCGCAAUAUUCGCCUCGGGGAGUUGAUUCGUCUGCACUCCAAAGACGCCAAAUUGAUCGUUCUCACUUUACCUGUCCCUAAAGUAGAGAUGACGUCACCUCUCUUGUACAUGAGUUGGCUGGAAGUGUUGUCAGCGGCUUCCCCCCCAGUGUUGAUGGUCCGAGGCAACCAACAGAAUGUGUUGACCUUUUACAGUUAAUUCAGGCCCCUUUUGUGAUAGUUCACAGUGAGAAUGUUUUUUGAAAACUUGAAAGUUAGCCAAUAUGGGGGAAUGCUCAUUAAACCCUCGUUAUUGUAAUUGCCCAAAGGAAUGCAAACUACUUUUUGAGAUUUUUCUCAACUUCCUCAUUUUCCAUGUUGAAAAUGUGGUAAUACUCUUGUGCGUUUUACAGUGAAGCGUCCUAUCGAGGCAAGGGAUCGGUGCAUUAAGCCUGGGUAGGAAUUCUCCUUGCGUUUUUCAGGGAAGUUCUUAACUGAAUAGUUGGCAAAAUUUACAAAGAGCUGGCGGUGUGAUUUUACAGCGAUCGGUUAAAAGAUAUUUAAUGUUGAAUUUCUCAUUUAAUUUUAAAGAGGGAUCCAUCUGAAACUCAUCAAGUACGUGACUUUAAAGGACCAUUUAAAAUGAAUAUUUGAACAUGACGUUCUGCGGGGCAGAACUGAACUCACUUAGUUAUGAAGUAACUGUACUUUACCAAUUUAAAACGAUUAAUGUUAUCCUCAAGAGGCAAUAAUUUGAAUGUUCCUUAUGCGCAUGGAAAACUCUCGAAGUAAUUCGUGUGAGACUGGUACAUGAUAUUAAAAGUUUAUCGGAGUUUUUUUCUGUAAGUCUUUAGAUACAAUUUUAUACUGCAUUUUAAGAAAAAUCACCAUCACUACCGAAAUGUUUUGAAUUUCGAACGAAAAUUCUGUCGAUUAUCUGCAAUUGAAUAUUUUAUAAUAUUUAUUACCGCAAGUGACUUUUGAAAGUUAGCGAGAGAAUACGAGAAUAAUUGUUUGAGUAGUGACAAUGGUGAAAUCGACGUCUAGUACAUACUUUUGAAAACGUAAUGUCGAUUUUUAGUAUAGAGGGGUUAUCUAUAAACUACCAAUUCAACAAGAGGUCACAUAGUUAACGAAAUUUGCUUAGGUAGUUACGUUACAUUUCAUUAAUUGAGAGAAACGGAAAUUUCUAAGCAUGUAACGUUUUCUGCCUAGAAAGGGGAUUAAUUGUAAAUUAGUUAAGCCAAGCGGAGAAAGAAUUGUCAACAUUUUUUGUUUGUUUUUCACAUUGAUGCCCGACCUUUCCAAACCCGAGUUAGUGGUGAACCCCAUAGUCUUUGGGUGCACCUGCCGUGAAUAAGCCCUGGUUUAGUUUUGAAUAAGUUAUCACGGUGCUACUGUUAGUCCACUUCGUUAGCUUUUCAUGGCAAACUUUGCAGUUUUUUUUUUUUUUUUUUUUUAGAAUAUUCGAGGUUAACAUUUAUACAUAAUAAAUUUGUUCAUUUGACAGAGAACUUUCA